AUUUCAGUAUUUGAUAGAUCAGGAAACAGGGUAAUAAUGAAAUAAAAUAUAUUUAGCUUUGAUGUUAAAAUAAUUAGGUCUGAAGCGUUUUGCACAGAUGGACGAGAAUAACUUGGACUUGCUUUGUGCUAUAGAAGUUGAUGAUGGAUUGGAAGGACGAUUGAAAGAUCGAGGAAUUUCAAGGAGAAAUGUACGCAGCAUAAUUCAUGAGCUGUUCACCAAUGAGAGCGUUUUAAAGUUAUUAGAAACGGAAGACGUAGAACCUGAACUGGAUUUUACAGAUGCUCCAGUCACAAGGUCGAAAAGGCCACGAACCGAGUUUAAUGAAGAAUUCAACUAUUUGGAUUUGAGCACCGGUAGUAUUGAAUUUCAUAAACUCAAUAAUGACAAUGAAAUAACCCAAAAUGAGAAUUCUCUUAUUUGUUGCAAUGAUGACACCUUUGAUUCAACUCGUGAUAUCCAUAUUGAAGGUUAUGAUGAUGAUGGAAAGUUUAACUGGCAGACGUGGUUGACAGGGCUUGAAAAUACUGAAAAGGAUACUUCUGAAAAACGGGAUGAAUAUGAUUCCGAAGAAGAUCCAGACUUCAAUUUCUUGGCGGAAGCAGAGGAAUUUGAUGUUGAAGAUUUUAGGGAUGACUGUGUUACAAGAAUAUCUAAACGAGAGCUAAGGAGUCUAAACCUGCGGAAACGGUCAACUGCAAGAAAGAAGAAUACUGCUUUUAAUGAAAAUUCGACUGGAAAUGAGAUUUCUUCAACGGACAAAAUUUGUAGUCUAAAUAUUGAUGAUUAUAAAAAAUGUAAAACUGUGCGUGAGAAGUUGAUGAUAUUGCGAUGUAAUCCAAAGUUGAAAAGCUCUAUUAUUACAACAAGAUCCAAGCGAGUAAAAGCACAAAAAAGAGACUUGAGUUUCACUAUACAGCAAAAAGAAAACCUUUUGCAGCAAAUGCAACAACAUGUACAGCUUCUUACUCAAGUUUGUUUAUUGGAGCAAUAUAGCAUUGAAACUUUUCAUAAUUCACGAAUGCUAUUGUAUGAAAUUGAUUAUUUUCGCCAGAAUAGUUUCGACUCUCAAAAGACUCAAUUCAAUAUACCUUGUCUGUCCGAUGCACUAAGCAUUGUUCAGCAAAUAUCUUCAUCUACAAAGCUUACUACUUGCAAAGAUAAUUUUGACAGAGAAAUGAAAAUCAUUGCUAACAGUAAUGUUUUCAUGUAUAAAGAGUUACUUCCUGCCAUUGUAGGUGAUAAACAAUUACAUAAUGGAAAAAGGCCUUUUUCAUUUCAUGAUGAUUGUUUAAUCGCCCGUGGAAUACAUGAAAUGUCUGGGAAUUUUAUUCUUACUACUUCAGAACUUAUCUCACGAUUUAUGCUUCCAUGUCGUACAAGUAAAGAAAUAAAAGCACAUAUCAACUAUUUCAGUUCAAUUCAAAGUGUUAAAAACGCUACAAACCCUAUUGUGCAAUAUAAAGCAUUUAAAGUGCUUCCCGAACCCGCUGACACAAUCAUUCCAGUACUGCCUUACGACGCUAAAUCACCAAUGCAAAUGGAUGGAGACCUUCCUGAAUGGCUGACUUCACUUCAGCAGGGUUCAUCUUCUCAAAUUUUUGAAAACGGUAGUUACGAAUUGGAUGUGAAUUCCACUGAGACUGAAAUUGUUAAUCGAUUAAUUACACACAAUUUUAAGAGAAUAAAACCUGUGAAAGUGUCAAAAAAUUGGACUAGAAAAUUGGAUGAAUUGAUUCUUACGACCUGUAAAUGUCAUGAUGGUGCAACAAAAGGAGCAUUAGAUAUUCUUGCACGUGAUAUCCCAACCAAGACAAAGAGUCAAAUUAGGAGACGGUUUUACAAAUUGUUAUCAAUAUUUCAUAAGUCCGUGGUCAAAUCGUAAAAUCUUUCUAAUUUGAUCCUUUUUAUUUUCGUUUUUCAAUUCUUUAUGAUUUAACACUGUGCAUUAUCGAUGUAAUAGUCACUUAUUUAUUAGGUGGAUACUUUGUGAUUUAUGUUGAAAAAUGUAUUUUACAG